UGUUUUGGGUGGGGCAUCCGUGGGUUAGUUAAUAAGAAGACUUGCAGAGAUGUGUCAGUCUGCGCAGAAGCGUCAGAUGCUGAGAGCAGCAGAGUUCAAAGCAGACCGAGAGUUUGGACCGAACGCAGAGGGCAUGAUGAUGUCCUGGACGAAGGCCGCAGUGGUUCUGGGGGUGGCAGCGGCUGCGCUCCUCACUCCAGACGGCGCAGAGCCGCAGGAGCCCGCGGGCGGCGGACUGCGCCUGCGCCUGUCACGGAGCGCCACGAGCCGGGCUCUCCUCUGCAUCACCGGAGGACUCUCCCUCCUCGCCCUGCACUGGCUGUACCGGCUGCUCUUCUGCCCGCUGGUGCUGCUCCGCACGUCCGAUGACGUGGGAUACCUGCCCGCGACGGGCCGCUCCAAGGCGCAGGCGGCCAACGAGGCCCGCCGCAGGAGGAAGGUCGGACAGCUGCCCCCGGUGUACCCCAACGGCUGGUACCGAGUGCUGGACUCCUUCAUGCUGCGGAAGGCCGAGGUCAAAAGUGUCUCCAUUCUUGGUCAACAGCUGGCCGUGUUUCGUGGCGAGGACGGGAAGGCCUAUGUGCUGGACGCCUAUUGUCCCCACCUGGGCGCCAACCUGGCAGUGGGGGGGCAGGUGUCAGGGAACUGCUUAGAGUGCCCGUUCCAUGGAUGGCAGUUUAAUGGGGGCGAUGGAAAGUGUGUGAAGAUUCCUUAUUCAAAAAAAGUCCCAGAGUCUGCCAAAGUGCGCUCCUGGAUCUCCUGCGAGCUGAACAACCAGAUCCUGGUGUGGUUCCACUGUGACGGGGAAGAACCCACGUGGAUUGUUCCUGAGCAGGAAGAGAUCUCCAACGGCUCAUUGGUGUACCGCGGGAGAGUCGAACACUUCAUAAGCGCUCACAUCCAGGAAGUUGCUGAAAACGCCGGAGAUGUGGCUCACCUAUCCCACGUGCACGGGCCGGGCGCCGUUGGUGCCUGGGACCUGCGUUACAUCAACAGCAAAGUGUGCGAGUUUUUACGACAUGACUGGAAGGUGGAGUGGGAGGCAAACAAACCCGAGAAGCACUGCUCAGAGAUGAACCUGAAGCACAGCAUGACUCUGUUCGGGUGUCACUGCAGUCUGAUGGAUAUGGAUGUGGUGGCUCGCCAGGUGGGCCCAAGUUUAGUGUUUCUGGAUUUCAAACACCCGUUCCUGGGCCGGGGGAUGAUGCUGCAGUCUGUGACUCCCGUAGAGCCGCUUCUACAGUGCUCCACUCACACCAUCUACUACCAGGCCAACAUCCCAGCUGUGGUGCCCAAAUUCAUCCUCAGGGGAGAGUGCAUGCAGUUUGAGCGAGACGUGAUGAUCUGGAACAAUAAGAAGUACAUCUCCAACCCUCUCCUGGUGAAAGAGGACUCCACCAUCCGGAAGCACAGGCUCUGGUACAAGCAGUUCUACAGUGAGAACAGCCCGACGCUGCAGUACCAGAAUGACGCCCUGGACUUCUGACGGGCCAGACCGCCCCCAGGUCAGGAUGGACCGUCUCCUCAGAUGAAGGAGUUCCCUUCAGCACAAAACCUGAUGAAACAUCGAGAACUCCUGUGGAGCUCAAAAGAACGCAGAGCAGCGUGAGGUUCAUGGAGCCGCAGCGGAACCCAGAAAACUGACGGUGCCAAACUCCCUGAAAGCUGCAUUACUGAAUGCAGUAAUGAUGACAACAAACCUCGCAGAUACAGAGCAUAUUGCAGCCAGUGAUCAAUGUCCAGAGGUUUAGCAGAAUAUUUUUUUUUUCUCUGGAAAAAUAAAGACUCAGAGCUUA